UCCACUUCUUCAGAGGAUGUUAGUGCGCAAGGGCAUUUUGCGGUAACAAGAAAAAAAGCUGUCACGAUCUCUCUCAAGAGUUAUCUGUUAGGAAUUCAAGCUGAUUCAAGUUUCUCUCUCUCUCUCUCUCUCUCUCUCUCUCUCUCUCUCUCUCUCUCUUUCCCGCUCGCUCGCACAUUCGCAUUUCGCACAGUGCAACAUAUUAAUCGCUCGCAAAACGACCGUUUUCCGAAACGAAUACGAACGAUCGCAUGACGAUAAUAGCAACUCACGUUGCGCCACUCGCCGUUCGUUUUCUUGUUCUUUGCCGUGCAUGUCUCUUUCGGAAGAACAUACUUAAUGUUGAACGGUUUGCCAAGUUGAAAGAAAUAACUGCUUCGACAAUCUGCUUAAUCUGAUCGCAAACGACAUAUAUGAUCCAUAUACAAACCUCGAUGCUCCUUCUUUGUUGAUAGACAACGUCUCACAAUAAUAGUCAUCGUUUUAUUGACAGGGUUGCGGAUUUUGAGAGAGAGAGAGAGAGAGAGAGAGAGAGAGCGCAGCCGAAUCAAAUUGAUCGAAACUGUACCUGUGCAACGCAACCAAGUGCGUAGUUGGCGAUCUCGUACGCUGGAUCGCAUAUUUUUGACUUCUCCAUCUGCUUUAAUCGAUCGUUUGCCGAUCGCUGAAAGAUGCAUGUCACCUGCAAGUGCCUGAACGUAUCCAUCAAGUCCAGGAGCGCCGAAUUACAGCGAGUUAACGUCGAAUUGACUGACGUGGAGCGUGCCGAUGCCUUUUUUCGCGAGGAUCUGGCGAGUGUACCAGAAUUGGAAAAGAUUACUAAAGAACAACCUGGUUUAAUGGAGAAAAGAAAUGUCGGAUCUUGGAUUGUACACCGUUGCUGCAAUUGCUCAAUGUAUACUCAUGCGGUCCAUAGGGAAUAUGGUGCUGCUUUAGUCCUUAUUAAUAACAAUAUUCUUUUAUCUCCUGAGGAAAUAAACAAAUUAAAAGCCAAUCCGGAUUAUAGUCCGGUGUUUAGAGUAGUAAUUAAUCAUAGUUUGGAAGAUCUCGAUGAUUACCUGCAACAGCCUAAAUUUUCUGUUUCACAGUUACCUAACACGGUUCAAGUGGCUCUAGAUGGAUUACAACAACAGCUACAGGAAGCUGUACAACGUCAAACAAUGGCAAUCGAAGAUAAAAUACGUGUGUUUACUGCUGAGCAGCAUCAAUUGUUGGAACAAUUUCGUGAAAGAGCACACAACGAACAUAGACUGUUAUCAAAACUAGUAUGUAAAGGAGAAGAGACAAAUACAGCAACCAGUAAUAUAGAAACUCCACCAACAACUCCUGACGGCUUUAAAAGUACCUUGACUAUCUCUGCAGCUAAUACAAAGAAUUCAAAAUCCAAUAUAAUAUCCAAUGAUACAAAAGUAUCUAGUGGCCCAAACAUUAAACAUGAGACAACCGUCAGACACUCUUCUAAAAGCACCAUUAAUAAUAAAAGCUCGAGAAAAAGAGAUCAAUUGUACAUUUGUACUAAGGAAUCAAGUAGCUUUGAUACAGAAGUAUUGUUUCCUUUUGAAGAAAUGGAGAAUACAGACGCAACCAGCCAACAACUUCUAUACUCUUCGGAAGAUACCGAUGGAUCUGAUAUGGAUGAUUCGAGUCAAAAUGAAGAGAUUCAUAUGUCAAGAGGUCAACGGGAUGGUCACUCUACGUUAGCUAAAUCAUUACCUGUCGUCGUGCCUGUUUUUCCUUCCAUAGUUCAUCGUGCAGUACAAGACCAAGAUGAUGACCAGUUGCCAACCGAACCGCACAACAUUCGAGCUUCGAUGAAAGCCUUAGCUAAAAGCGUCAAUAGUGAUACGGUAUUUGGAGAUUUACCACGUCCAAGAUUUUCUACGCAGAUCUGAUUUAUCAAGAUGACAGAAAUUUACUCAUUUCUUAAUUUUUUGAUACAAUAUAUUAUAGUCCCUAUCAUCUGUCAUUUGUCUUUCAUACAAAAAUUACAAGAGAUUUAUGUAUACUUGUAAUAAAUAUGGCCGGUUUUGCAGAGAAGUGUAUACAA